GGCGGGGAGCGCGAGCGACGGAGGAGGCGGAGCAGCGGCAGCGGCGCUGAAGGAGCGUGCGAGGCAGAAAGUGUAGGCCGGGAGGCGGGCGCACGGUCGGUCGGUCGAGCGGACGGGACGGGGCGAAAAGCCAGGCAGGGAAAGGUCGCGGCGGGAAACGGGAGAGAGAAAAGCAGCGGCUACAUUUGACGAGAGACGCGCCUCACUCGAGCCUUAGGAAAGAGACGACGCCACGCCAGCCCCCGCCAUGGCCGAGACGAAGGACACACAUGAGGAGCAUGACUUAGCACCUGACAACGUAGAUGAUUCUAACCAUGACCCUCAGUUUGAGCCCAUAGUUUCUCUUCCUGAGCAAGAGAUCAAAACUCUUGAAGAAGAUGAGGAAGAACUCUUUAAGAUGCGAGCAAAACUCUUCCGCUUUGCAUCGGAAAAUGAUCUUCCCGAAUGGAAAGAACGAGGCACUGGUGAUGUAAAGCUUCUGAAGCACAAAGAGAAGGGGACCAUUCGUCUCUUGAUGAGGAGAGAUAAAACCCUAAAAAUCUGUGCAAAUCAUUACAUUACACCUGUAAUGGAGCUGAAGCCCAAUGCAGGAAGUGACAGGGCAUGGGUGUGGAAUACACAUGCUGAUUUCGCAGAUGAGAGUCCUAAGCCAGAACUUCUGGCAAUUCGGUUUUUAAAUGCAGAAAAUGCACAGAAAUUCAAGGCAAAAUUUGAAGAAUGUAGAAAUGAGGUUGACAAGGGAAAGAAAGUGUACAUAGGACCAAGAGACAUGGACAGCGAGGGAGCUACUAAAGUGACCUGCAACACCUGUGCCAUGUCUGUCUUCAUGCCUGAGAAUGUGGAAAACUACACCUGCAAGCAGUGCAAGCGGAUUCCCUUGAUGAAGGAGAAGAUAGAGCAACUUGAGACCCGCCUAGCCACACUUCAAGCUACUGGGCAAGCAGGAACAGAAAAAAAUGAUAGUGCUGAUAAAGUUGCCGAGAAACUAGAAGAACUUUCUGUAAAGGAGGAGAUCAAAGAAUCGGAGAAAGAAGUCAAGGAGAAAACUGAAGAAAAGCAAUAAAUCAUCUUGGGCCUUGUGUUUUAUUUUUUUCUUAAUUUUUUAAUUUUUACAAGGGACUUUAUAAAGAACUGUAUUACAACAUUCACUUUUUUUUCUAACUUUUUGCCCUUUUUGAAGAGAUCUUCAGAAAAAAUCCAUUCCCCAGUCAUGAAAAUGUACUGUGCUAAACUUUCUUUUCCAUAGUGGAAACACUUAUUUAUAGUCAUCCAAGAGAGUGAAUAAAAGUUUGAAAAUGGU